UCUGCCGCAUUAUCCACAGAAGCAGCUACGGUGUGUCAGACGGGCCUAGCCUAACCUAGUGGGGCCUAGUUCUGAGUAAAUUUAUGUUAAAUGUAGAAUAGAAAAACAAGAGAAGAGCACUAUGAGUAACAUAUAUAUCCAUGAACCACCAACGAAUGGGAAGGUUCUUCUAAAAACCUCUUGCGGUGAUAUUGACAUUGAGUUAUGGUCAAAAGAAACACCAAAGGCAUGUCGCAACUUUGUCCAACUUUGUAUGGAAGGCUACUAUGACAACACCAUUUUCCAUCGUAUUAUUAAAGAUUUCAUAGCACAAGGAGGUGAUCCUACAGGGACAGGAGAGGGUGGCGAUUCAAUUUAUGGGAAAACUUUCAAGGAUGAAUUUCAUUCAAGACUCAAGUUUGUUCGUCGUGGUUUGGUUGCUAUGGCUAAUGCUGGUCCUAACGACAAUGGCAGUCAGUUCUUCUUUACUCUAGGCCAAUGUGAUCAUCUCACUGGUAAACAUACUAUAUUUGGAAAAGUUGUUGGCAAUACUAUCUAUAACUUGGUGAAGUUAGCUGAUGUACAGACAGAUGGGGAUGACCGACCAAACUUUCCACCAACUAUCAGGUCAACGGAGGUAUUGGCUAAUCCUUUUGAUGAUAUUGUUCCACGAGAAUCAAAGAAGAAAGAACUUGAAAAAGAUGAAACUAAAUCAAAGAGCAAAUCAAAAGCAACAAAAAAUUUUAGUCUAUUGUCAUUUGGAGAAGAAGCUGAGGAAGACGAAGAGGAAGUUAAUGUUGCAAGUAAACAGAUGAAGACUAAAAGUAAGAGUGCACAUGACCUCACAGAUGAUCCCAAGUUAAGCACCCAAGCAGCAUUAGAUGUUGAGAAUUUACCCCCUGCAAAAAAGCAAAGAGUUGAUGAAACGGAAGAGAUAACUGAAGAAGACUACAAUGAAAAGAUGAAAGAGAAGAUAAAAAAUAAGUUAAAGAAGGAAGGAAAAGCAAGCACUGUAGGUGAUAAAGAAAAGGGCGCAAGUAAUAGUAGUAGAAGAGAAGCUUUACAACAAGAAGCUGAAGACCUGAAACGAGAACUAUUAGGAAAAAAGAAGAAAGAAAGAAAAAAAGAUACUUCAGAAGGCACAGAUGAAUUAAAAAAUGAAGAAUCAACAGAUGAAAAUGCAGAUGAGGUAAAGGAAGGACAAACAGAUAUGAUCAAUGAGUUUAAAGAUCAGAAGAAAAAGUUCAAACAUAUGAAGAAAAAACAAGCAAAGGGAACCUCACGGGAAGAACAGACUCUCGCUAUUUUGGCAAAGUUUCAGAAUAAAUUAAUAGCCGCAAAUGAAAAGACACACGAGGAAGGAGAAACGGAAGAGGGAAGCAAGGAAAUAAGUUGGAUGAGCCACAAGUUUGAAUGUGACAGUCAUGAUAUUAAAGUGAAGGAUGCCAACGUCCAAGAUGCAGACACUUUUGAUAUAUUUGACCCUAGAAAUCCAAUGAAUAAGCGCAAGAGAGACAAUGCUGCAACCAAGGCAAAAGUCAAUAGGUGAAAUGAUGAUUAUGUGGUUUUUAGCGAUUUAGUAGGGAUGGAGAAGAGGAAUGGACGCAGAAAGUUCUUAACUAUCGACUGUAUCUAGUGAGAUAAUUCUUAACUAUUAAAGGUAAAUAUUAAAGGCAUCUAAUGAGAGUGGUAUACUUAAUGUCAUUGGUUUAUCUAUCUCAAAUUGAUGAAGUACAAGGACUGUACAUGCCACACACAUGCUGUGAAAAUGGUUGUCAUUGACAUUUCAGAAGAUGUGAUGCUAUAUAUUUGUUUUAAUGCCAAUAGAGAUAAUAUUCAGCCAUAUAACAAUGAGUUAUUAUUAUGGUCUGCUUUAUAGACCAUUUUAUUUGGUGUGUUUUGAAACAGCGCCAUUACGUCUGAAGAUUCACUGUGGGACAGCAGGGAAAACAACAGAUGAGAUCCUUUUUUUUAAUUACAGUAUGUAAACAUUAAAAUAAUAUCUUACAAUUUAGCCUUGUGUCUAUUAUCAGUAUAGGCCUCUUUUCCCAUUUUAAUAUAUUUGUGCUCGUUAAUAAUUUUGUAUUAUAGUUUAAUCAAUCCCCAUGAUGGAUUCUUAGGUUGAUGACGUGCAUGAUGGACAAGUCUUACUCAUGACCCAUUUUUACUCAUGGGUGGAGGGAGACAAACAUGGGUAAAGUGCCUUGCCCAAGGGCACAAGUAAAAUUCACAGCGAAGGUUUGAACCUCCGACCUUAAGGUUGAGAGACCGAAACCGCUGCACAAUAUCGCCCACAAUAUAUAUAGUAGAGUGUUGGGUGUUAGUACAGUAAGAGCCCAUUGCUAAUAAUAUUUUGUCCAGGCUUACUAUUCUAAGUUAAUAUUAAAUUAAUAUUAAAUCUAUACAUAGUUAUAUAUUAAGGCUGGGCUAGUAUUCAAUUCCAGAAGUUCAUUGCUUAUAAUACAAUUUAACUUAAUAAAUGAGAUUAACCAUUUUGUGCACUCUGAUUUAUACCAUUGUCAUUCAACUUCAUGUGAUGGCUCUCAAGUUAUUUGAUUUGAUUGCUGUAAUUUGGCAUGGGCCAAAAAUUAGAUAAUUAUUAAUGUUUGGCACUUGAUUUUCUUGACAAAAAUGACUAUAAAUUUAAUGGAACAGGUGCUAGAAUGUCAUUUCGCUUAUGAUAAACUAUAUUAUUUUGUAAAUAAUUUUUAAACAAACUGUUAUUGAACAUCAAAUGUAAUUGAUCUUUUCUAAUAGUUGUACUCAAUCUUGAAUAAAAAAUAAUUAUAAAUAUUAAUAGAUGA